UUAUUCAGCUCGGUGGCAAGGAAUUCAAAGCGGGAAGAGGGGCGGGCGGAGAGGAGGGGGCGGAGGCCGGCCUGGGGCUCGCCGCUGCCCGGGCAGCCCCCGUCCCCUCGGGCCGCCCCGCCAGGCUCUCCGGGGAGGGGACCGCGCCGCCGUGCCAGGACCCGGCCGCUUGAGUGACACGGCGUGGGCAGCGCUCCGAGAGAGGGCACCUCCGUUGGAAAAAUAAAAGUGCCCUUUUAAUCAAAGAGGGAGGGAAGGGGGGCGAGCAGGGCCGCGGGAGCCGAGGUAGGGAACUCCGUUCCCUCCCGGGACCGUCUAUCCGGGAUGUCGGUACCGUGCCCCCGGGCUGUGUCUCCGGCCGGGAUCACAUUGGGAGGAGCAGAGCAGCAGUGGAUCGGGGGGAAGUGGCCUUCGGGGGCGGCCCCUCUGCACUAGGGGUCCGCUGGGUGGGUGGGAAGGGAAGCCCGGGGCUGGGCCACGGCCCGGUGCCGGAUAAGUGCCGCCCUUUAGCCCCUUCCUCGCCUUAACGGGAGAGACGACAAACUGCAGAGCGAGGUGGGAGGCGCCGCGCAGCCCCUCGUGCCCUGUCUGUCCCGGGGCUGAGAUAGAGAGACUGCCCCUCUUCACCGAGAUCAGCCCCCUAAAACAACCUGCCGAGCGUCGUCGGGCCCUGUAGUUCUCGUGUCGUGACUUCCCCCCAUUCAACUUCCCCAGCACCGGGUUUUCUGUCCCAGGGCGAAAGCCGCGGGAGCCCGCUCGGGCAGGUGCCCCCACUGAUCCGGCUGAGGGGGCCAGUCCCUGUCUGGCCCGGUGGGGAGGGGCGGCCAGCAGGGAUCAGGUGGGAGACAUCCCCAUCCUGAUCCCCCCGGCGUCCCCACAGGUGGGCUUGGGGCUCCUCCCGGCCGCUUGCCCCCGUUCCCGCUCCACGCCCACGGGGCAUCCCCGGCUCCCCCAGCCCCGUCGGGGGCACAGGGGCGCGGGGGGAGGACAAGGGCCCUUGCCCGGCUCCUCGGGGUGGCUCAGGAGCCCCGCGGCGGAGCUGGCGCCCCUCACCGCGGUGUCGAGGCGGGCUCCGUCCCACUCCCAUCCCCCCCCCCGCCCUCCCCGAGGCCUGUGCGCGUCUCUGGCUGAGCCGCCAGUGGAUGUCGUUGUUCUGUUCCUUGAGCGCGAUGUCACUCCUUUAGCAUGACCUCAAACGCGGCGGGGGCUGGGACCGCCAGUCAUUCUCCGUGCGAGGGCCGGGGCGGGAGGCAGGCGGGACCCAGCCCCGCCGCCAGCCCCACUUUUGUGGUGCCGCCGCCGUCGCGGGCUCCCCUUUCUCCGCGGGGCUGGCCGCGGGGCGGGCGAUGCUCCGGGCUCCCUGAGCCGCCGCACCGCGUCCCCGGCCGAGGUGCCCGGCGGAGCGGCGCGCUCGAGCGGCGGCUCCCCGCUCUGCCCCGUGUCCCCCUCCCCGCUGUCCCCGCGCCGCGCGGAGGUCGCGCAGGAUGCCGCGGAGGGGAGCGGAGGCGCCGCUGGCCCUGCUGCUGGCGGCAGCGUGGCUGGCGCAGCCCCUGCGCGGCGGCUACCACGGCGUGAACAUGUUCGCCGUGCAGACCGCCCAGCCCGACCCCUGCUACGACGAGCACGGGCUGCCCCGCCGCUGCAUCCCCGACUUCGUCAACUCGGCCUUCGGGAAGGAGGUGAAGGUGUCCAGCACCUGCGGGAAGCCGCCGUCGCGGUACUGCGUGGUGACGGAGAAGGGCGAGGAGCAGGUCCGCACCUGCCACCUCUGCAACGCCUCCGACCCCAAGCGCGCCCACCCGCCCUCGUUCCUCACCGACCUCAACAACCCGCACAACCUGACCUGCUGGCAGUCCGACAGCUACGUCCAGUAUCCCCACAACGUCACCCUCACACUCUCCCUCGGCAAGAAAUUCGAGGUGACCUACGUCAGCCUGCAGUUCUGCUCGCCGCGCCCCGAGUCCAUGGCCAUCCACAAGUCCAUGGACUACGGCAAGACCUGGGUGCCUUUCCAGUUCUACUCCACGCAGUGCCGCAAGAUGUACAACAAGCCGAGCCGCGCCGCCAUCACGAAGCAGAACGAGCAGGAGGCGGUGUGCACCGACUCGCACACCGACGUGCGGCCCCUCUCCGGCGGCCUCAUCGCCUUCAGCACCCUGGACGGCCGCCCCACCGCCCACGACUUCGACAACUCGCCCGUGCUGCAGGACUGGGUGACGGCCACUGACAUCAGGGUGACCUUCAGCCGCCUGCACACCUUCGGCGACGAGAGCGAGGACGACUCCGAGCUGGCCCGCGACUCCUACUUCUACGCCGUGUCCGACUUGCAGGUCGGCGGGCGCUGCAAGUGCAACGGGCACGCGUCGCGCUGCGUCCGGGACCGCGACGACAGCUUGGUGUGCGACUGCAAGCACAACACGGCCGGCCCCGAGUGCGACCGCUGCAAGCCCUUCCACUACGACCGGCCCUGGCAGCGAGCGACCGCCCGGGAGGCCAACGAGUGUGUGGCCUGCAACUGCAACCUGCACGCGCGGCGCUGCCGCUUCAACAUGGAGCUGUUCAAGCUGUCGGGGCGCAAGAGCGGCGGCGUGUGCCUCAACUGCCGGCACAACACGGCGGGCAGGCACUGCCACUACUGCAAGGAGGGCUUCUACCGCGACCUCAGCAAGCCCAUCUCCCACCGCAAGGCCUGCAAAGAGUGCGAUUGUCACCCCGUGGGUGCCGCCGGCCAGACCUGCAACCAGACCACGGGCCAGUGUCCCUGCAAGGACGGUGUCACCGGCAUCACCUGCAACCGCUGUGCCAAGGGCUACCAGCAGAGCCGCUCCCCCAUCGCCCCCUGCAUAAAGAUCCCGGCUGCUCCGCCCACCACGGCCGCCAGCAGCGCGGAGGAGCCCGCAGAUUGCGACUCGUACUGCAAAGCCUCCAAGGGGAAGCUGAAGAUCAACAUGAAGAAGUACUGUAAGAAAGACUAUGCUGUCCAGAUCCACAUUCUGAAAGCAGAAAAAAACGCGGACUGGUGGAAGUUCACAGUGAACAUCAUCUCCGUCUACAAACAAGGCAGCAACCGGAUCCGGCGCGGGGACCAGACCCUGUGGAUCCACUCCAAGGACAUAGCCUGCAAGUGCCCCAAAAUCAAGCCCAUGAAGAAGUAUUUGCUGCUGGGCAACAACGAGGACUCUCCCGACCAGAGCGGCAUCAUUGCGGACAAAACCAGCCUGGUGAUCCAGUGGCGGGACACGUGGGCCCGGCGGCUCCGGAAGUUCCAGCAGCGGGAGAAGAAGGGGAAGUGUAAGAAGGCCUAAAGGAGGAGGAGAGGGAGAGACUGACUGUGCAUGCUGCUUUGUGUAGAGCUGGGGCGGGCAGGGACCGGCUGCCAGGGCGGGCUGGGGGGACAGGGGACAGUGACCACGGCUGGGGAGUGCUGGGCUUGCACCUCGUAUUCCAGGGAAGACAAAACCCAACAGGACCCAAGAAAACACAACAGGACCCAACAGGACCCAACAGAACCCAACAGGACCCAAUAGAAACUCAACAAAACCCAACAGAACCUAACAGGACCCGAGAAAAGCCGAUUGCACACACGGACAGAACUCACGAGUGGGCAGUGGGCAUGCGGCACCUGGGCCCCCCAGCUCCCUCCUGCCCCGUUGCUGAAGAACUCAGAGACACCAAACUGCCUUCCAGCUGCCAACAUCUGCUGCCUCCAAAGCACGGCAUGGGCACACCCACCCUGUAAGAAACUAAUCAACAGCACCGCUGGAAAUUAACUCCCCAUCCCCAAAACACGUAUUUGCGACUUAGGCUGACUGCAACAGUUCUUGUAGAGGAAACUAAACCGAGACUUUUGCUGAGGACGGAUCUGAGGAUCGGCGGUCGGGGUCUGGGAGGGCCGAGCUCUCCAGCUGUGAUGAUGCUCUGGGUCCACUUCAGGCACAGCCAAGAGGGGACAGUGUUGGUGGGUGACUUCCUGCUGUGCAUAACUCUGGGAAUGGCUCCGUGCUCAGCCCCUGACCCUGAGGAUGCUGCCCCCACCACACUGAAGGAGGGUGAGCCCACAGGGUGCCCUGUCCCCCUCCAGCCACCCAUAUACAGGCAAGGAGUCAAUAACCAGGAUCCCCAAGGAAACACCCAGACAUGACAAAAAAUGAGUUGGCAUCCAGUUCCCAGAAAGUGCCCUGGAAGAUCCUACCAGUCUCAGUCCCUGAAUCUCCAUUGUGGCCACCCCUGAACCUACUCCAUGGGCUUAGUCCCCUCUGCUGCUGUCAGCACACCAGGAACCCUCAGAUGGUAGAAGAUCCCUGUAGGGAUUGACACCAAGGUGCUGGCUGGUCACUGCUUUCACUCCCAGACUCAGGCAGUUCUCCCAAACCCACAGUAGCUCUGCCCUCGCUCCCUCUGGAGCUGCAGCCCCCUGACAUCCCUGUAAAAGGUCUUGGAGACAAAGAGGGGAGCAGAGGAUGCCAGGACUGUCCCUGUGGGCAGUGGGGCCAGUGCAGAGCUCUGAGGCUUGGCCAGGGUAGAGCCCACACAGGGCAGGGACUGGCCCAGGGAAGAGGUCUCAGCCAGGAGCAAGGUGUGACCCACCUGGAGCUCUCCCCCUUCUGCUUGGGGGGACAAACAGCCAAUUUAAAAUUCCCAAUUGCCAGCAAUGAAUGCACUGAGCACAGUGGAGGCUGCCUCACCUCAGACUGGAGCAUCUUCCCCUGGGGCACCCAGCGGGCUGGACUGGCUUGGGAGUUGUCACUCCCAUGCCAGGCUGCUCCCCUGCCACACCAGCCCAUGGGGAAUGGGGAAUUCCAGUUCCACCUCAUCCCUGGAGCCCGGGAAUAGCUGGGGCAGAAUGCAGGGAGGGCAGGACGUACCUGGGGGAGAAGCAAACAUUAGUCGCUAUGAAAAGCAAAACCUCCCUGAUAUUUUUCCUUUUAGGAAACUUGGAAACAUCUCUUUUAUGACAUUUUCCAGUGGUUUUGCCUUGUUUUAUAGCAAUUGACAAUAUUUAUAUAAUGACAUAAACCACCAUAAAGCAGGGCAGCCAUGUAAAUAGGUGCAAAGAGGAGGCUCCCAGGGCUGCUGGAGACACCACCCAGAGGGACCCAGCUCUGCUGAGCCUCCCCUGCCACCACAAGGCCCUCAAAAUUAAUCUGGG